AUGAAAGAAAUCGGCCGGGGUCUGUUCUCGAGAGUCUACGAAAAGAACAACCGGGCCCUUAAAUGCAUUCGACCUGGAGCACAACGGCCUCCCCACAAUUUUGCCAGAGAAUUAGCUAUUCUUCAGGAAGUCAAAGGCCAUCAUCCCAACAUUGUCUCCUUGCUGGACCACUAUGAAGAGAGGGACCCGUUUGACUCUUCUGACGACGAGAUGUGGGGCGACUCGGGCCAGGUGUUCACAAAACAACAGGUGCUGGUGUUCAACUACUACCCAUACACCCUUGAGGAUCUCGCCAAGGGUUAUCACAAGGCUAUCUUUCCAACACUCAUUGAGCCUGGGGGGGACACCAUGAGAAACAAGUUUCCGGAAGAAAAGGCGAUCGAAAUCAUUACAGCAGUCGCAAGUGGUCUGGAAUAUAUCCACCAAGAAGGCAUCAUCCACAGAGACAUCAAACCAGAGAAUAUCAUGUUCAAAACCAAGGACUCGGAGCCGGUGCUCAUCGACUUUGGAGUGUCGUGGAAGGACGGGGGAUCAGAAAAAGCAGACGAAAAAAUCACAGACGUAGGAACAGGCGUCUGGAGAGCCCCAGAACUGCUGUUUGGAAUCAGAGGCUACGACGACAAGGUCGAUAUCUGGUCCCUAGGAUGCAUAUUAGCAUAUCUGCUGACUAGAAACGGGAAACCGUUCUUCUCCAACGAGGUACAAGAUGGAGUGUCAGAUCUGCGACUGGUGGCUGACAUAUUCGAAAAGUUGGGCACACCCUCCGCGAAAACAUGGCCCGAGGUGGCUUGUGUACCUGCUUUUGAGAGCAUGAACUUUUCCGAAACCCAGGGAAAUGGACUGUCUCUGUUGCGAGGAACACAAAAGAGUAAAGACAUACUGCAAGAGAUGCUCAAGUACUCGGCUCACAAACGUGCUUCUGCUGCAGAUGUCGUUGAGCUAAGCCGCACAAACUAA